AUGAAUGCAACCCCUUCGCCGGGGACAUCCCAGCGCCCGCUACACUCGUCUCACCACUAUCAGCUACCGCCCCCGCUGAAGUCUCCUGGCCAUGGCAAUGGGCGAAUGCCCUUAGACGGGUGGAACUCGCACCAGAUGGAGCCCAACUCGAGGAGAGACCAUAUGUCCCGGCAACAGGAGUGGGAACACCAGCAGGCGGUCCACCAGCAUCAUCAGCAACAUCAGCAGCAGCAGCAUCUACAUCCCGAUCAUCCCCAUCACGGCCGUCACCCCUGGGGCCCGGCACCCCAGCAUCAGCAGCACUACCCAUCCCAUGCGGGUCCGGAGUACUAUGAUGGCUAUCCUUACCAGGCGCCGCCAGGCAUGUCUCCUGAGGACAGGGCGACCUCGGCGGUACCUCGCAAGCAGCAUCGUAAGACGCAGUCUCGAGACUUCUUACCCCCUCCGUUGCCUCCAACGAUGGGAAACGGACCAAGCGGCGGAGGACAAGGAGGCGACCGGGCGCAAUCAGAACGACAUUCCCCCGUGAUGCACUUUGACCCGGGCGUCAAUCGCGCUCGCUCUUUGGCACCAAAUGGCCAUCAUUCUCCCCUGCCCUCACAACAGCCGCUACCUCUGGAUCACAAGCCACACCAUCGCCAUCAGAACGGGCAGUACAUGAAUGGCGCCCAUGAUCAGGAAAGCGGGCACAAGAGGAAGCGAUCUGAGAGCUACGCUCCUCGCGCUGGAGUCAAUGGCUCGACGUGGGGAGAAUAUCCUGCCAAUGGACCGCCUAAUGGUACAGAUCCUCGACAUGAUCCUCGGGCAUGGUCGCAACCAUACGAUGGGGACAUGGAACACAGGAGGAGACCUGAAGGACCUUUCGAGGGAGGACCCGGAGAUAUGGGGCCACCCGCCAUCAAAAAGUCUACCAAUCAGCAACAGAAGCAGCACCGUACGGAUGGCCAGCAGCAACACAGGCAGAGAAAGUCUGUCGAAGAGAUCAAGCCUGUCGUGACGUCUCAUCGACCACCGCACAGCCCUGUGAGGCAAAACGGGCCGCCAUUUUUGACUUCACCUGACAAUCAUGCCCAUGGAUACUCGCAUGGGCCCCCACCAUCGGCUCGGGAACAAGAGGAACCUCGCUACCUUGCUGAGCCUCAGCCGCCCAUGAUGCAGCAGCAGCCCCAGCAGCCUCAGGUGCAGCGACAACGACAUCAACCCGCCAAGAGCGAGGAGAAGGCAGCAAAGCGGCAAGGGGCGGAAUCUUCCAAGUCGAGGCACAAGCAAGAUGUCUCACAGUCUGCGAGAGAGCUUGCCCAAAGAGAACAGCUGCAGGCAGAGAGGCGGCGGUACGAAGCCGAAGCUGCGAGAACCAUCCCGACUGGAGCUCCCGACUCAGCAGCAGCAUCUGGCUACCCUGCUUUACAAGCAGCAGCAGCAUACACAGCCCCAGCUGUUGAACACCCGCGUCAUCGAGAUUCACAGUCCGAGCACGGUCCUGCUCUGGCCGCUGCUUCGUUUGAACCUGAGCUUGUUGCACCCGCAAUAAUUGCUCCUCAGAAGGGAUCAUCCCAACAGUCACAAUACCAAUUGCAGCAACACGUCGCGCCGCUACCUGCUGUGCCUCAACAUCGCAUCAUCAGCGAUUCGGUGUGGGCCUGGUUUGACGAGUUCAGUUCCCUCUCUUCUGCUUCCAAGACAGACAGCCCGCGUCCCGCUCCAUUCUUGGGAUCGUGGCUGUAUGAGCCUUGGAAGCAGCCCCUGCUCCCUGGUGGAGUUCUGGCAGGCAACGUCGCCGCACUCUUGGAAGUGCGCAUCAGCGGGAAGACGCUAGGGCUGUACCGAGAGAGGAGCGAUCCGGCAGCUCCCUCUGGCUGGACAUUAGGCUGGAGGGCUAGGCAAGCCGGCGUGAGAGUAGACAUCCAAGAUGGUGUCCCUCUGAGUGAAGAGAGCAUCAAAAAGCAAAAGGAACAGAACGGAGGCAGCCCUUCGUUCUGGAAGCAAGGUGGACUCGAGGAGCGUAAACUGUGGGGCAGCGAGGUGUACACAGAUGAUUCGGAUGUGCUGGCUAUGUGCGUCCACAGUGGAUGGAUCGAGGGUCCCGCUAAGGUACAGCUCGGUCUAGCUUUGAGCAACGAAAGGUCAUCGGCAACAGAAGACAACCUCCUCUACUCGCCGCCAGACCUGCGAGUGACGCUCAGAGUGGCGCCACGCUUAGUUGGCUACAGAGAGAGCUGUGGAGGAGGCUUCUGGAGUAGAAACUGGCUGGGAAUGCAUGACGGCGUCAGUCUUCUGGUGGAAAGAGUACACCUCGAGAAGGCCGGCUUUGCAUUGCCUUCGUCCCUGCCUGGAGCACGAGGUGCGAAGAAUGGCGCUGCCUACCUCGCCUCUUUACAAACCAAGCUGCAAUGUCUGUCUCUGUUGGAUCGGGCUGCAGAGCUCAAGAAGUCGGCAGCCCAGCAGGCGCGCCCAGAAGUCUCGGUGCUUGACAGCAGAUCGAAGUCAGUGUUCCCACUAUCUGAGGUCAGCAGGGGAAGCAAGGGUUCGUCAGAGGCAGAGGAUCAGUCAGUGGACGAUUCCGUGCCUAAGCAGAAGCAGUUUUGGUGGAAGGUGGGCGAUGUAGUGGCUCAACAAUUGUCCGCUGCUGCUGCUGCACGCUUCCCUGCCCCGAGCGGAGGGUCGGGGGCGUCGAAGGUAGCAGCGAUAUGA